AAGAAAGAAAAAGUUAGUCUGGGCCUGGGAGGUGGCCUGGUGUCGUUUUGACCAUGAUCCAGUGACUGAUGGAGAUGACAACACCAGAGAGUUGGGAAGAGAGCUAGUAAGAAAUGCAGGGUCAGCCACGGCCUGGGUCAGAGCGUUGCUGCACAUGGGUCCAUGUGUGAGUGUCGGAUGGAGAGUGAGCUCGAUGUGCCAGUUUGUUCAGUAUUGCUAAACCUAAGGGUAAGGGGGCAGUCCCAGAACCGUCGGAGAAAGAGAUGAGCCGCCCAUAGCCUGUUGCAGAAUCCAGAACGGCUGUCUUCCUACGUUGGAAGGACACUGAACCAAUGCAGGAGUAUAGGUUCCGCCGUGUUCUCCAAGACUUCUUGGAGAGGCGCUCCCGACAGGUCAUUUGGUGGCCUGAAAGGUCCUAAGCGUCUCCUGGCUUGUUGGCUGGCUCUGGCGAGUCUGGUCCAGCCAACCUGCCCUCCGCGUAGGUUUUUCGAAGCACAAAUUAGCCCGGAUCACACAAAACACCAGCCGCUGCUGGGCCUGUUUUUGCCAGUCAUUUCGCUCAAUUCUCGUCUGUUGAAAUCAAGCAUUCCUUCUUCAGUCAGUUUCCUAGAGUGCAGAAAUCCAAGCCCGGGCGGGGCGGGGCUGGGAGUGCUGGGGGCGGGACUCCGAGCAGCUCCCGACUGCAAAUCCCAGGGCUCAGCACCCAGCCGGAGCGCAUUCAGCUGUCGCGCCAUGGGGAACGCCGACGCGGUCCACGACGAGGGGCUGUUGGCCGGGCGUGGGCCAGAGUCCCUGGGGACUGACGCCGGGCUUGGGGGCGCGGGCGCGGCGGCGCUGGUGGGGGGCGUGCUGCUCAUCAGCAUGGUGUUGGCGGGGAACUCGCUCGUCUGCGUGAGCGUGGCCUCCGAGCGCACCCUGCAGACACCCACCAACUACUUCAUCUUGAGCCUGGCGGCCGCUGACCUCCUCCUCGCAAUACUAGUACUGCCACCCUUUGUCUACUCCGAGGUCCAGGGUGGCGUGUGGCUGCUGAGCCCCCGCCUCUGUGACACCCUCAUGGCCAUGGAUGUCAUGUUAUGCACUGCCUCCAUCUUCAACCUGUGCGCCAUCAGCGUGGACAGGUUCGUGGCUGUGACGGUGCCGCUCCACUACAACCGUCAGGGCCAGCGCCAGCUGCUGCUCAUCGCUGCCACAUGGGUGCUGUCCGCCGCGGUGGCUGCGCCAGUGCUGUGCGGCCUCAACGAUGUGCCCGGCCGCGAUCCAGCCGUGUGCCGCCUGGAGGACCGCGACUACGUGGUCUACUCGUCCGUUUGCUCCUUCUUCCUGCCCUGUCCGCUCAUGCUACUGCUUUACUGGGCCACUUUUCGCGGCCUGCGGCGCUGGGAGGCAGCCCGGCACACCAAGCUGCACAGCCGCGCACCGCGCAGACCCAGCGGCCCCGGCCCGCCAGUGUCCGACAGUGCUCCUCCGGGCCCCUUCUUCCCAGACUGUCUGCCCCCCUCACCCAGCCUCCUGCAGGGCCCCAGCGGCUCCAGCCCGCCUGAGCCAGAUCUCUCUCAGGGACUCUGCGGCCCGGAGUGUCCGCUCCCCGAUGCGGUGCUCCCGCAAGCGCCAGCGCCAGCGCCGCCUUCCCGCAGAACGAGGGGGAAGAUCACCGGAAGGGAGCGCAAGGCAAUGAGAGUCCUGCCGGUGGUAGUCGGGGCCUUCCUGAUGUGUUGGACGCCUUUCUUCGUGGUGCACAUCACGCGGGCGCUGUGUCCGGCUUGUUUCGUGCCCCCUCGCCUGGUCAGUGCCGUCACCUGGCUAGGCUAUGUCAACAGUGCCCUCAACCCCAUCAUCUACACCGUCUUCAACGCCGAGUUCCGCAGGGUCUUCCGCAAGUCUCUCUGUCUCCGCUGCUGAAAAGGUCACUGGUGUCCUGAAGUCAAGCAGAUCCAAGCCUGUGUGCGGAGUUCGCUGGCGCUCAUUCGCCUGAUUAAACUAAUUAUUUCCUAA